AAGAAUUAAAUCGCCUUUAAGAAUAAAGAAAAACCAAACAGCCUUAACCAAGAAAAGCACCAUCAACUUAAACUUUCUUAAACCUAUAUAACAUCCCACAACCAAAAUUAUAAAGAUCCAAAUUAAAAACAUAUAUAUAUACCUGUAUAUAUAUAUUUCUGUAAUUUUUUUCUGGUUUCCAGUGACCGGGAAAGAAAUGGCGGCACAGCAGAUGAAACCGGUGGCCUCUUUGCUUCUAGUCCUGAAUUUCUGCAUGUACGCUAUUGUUCUCGGGAUUGGAGCAUGGUCCAUGAACAAAGCCAUCAGCCAUGGAUUCCUUAUUGGUGCGGAUUAUAGUCUUCCGGCUCAUUUCUCGCCAAUAUAUUUUCCGAUGGGAAAUGCGGCUACUGGAUUCUUCGUGAUGUUCGCUUUGAUUGCCGGAGUUGCUGGAGCUGCCUCGGUUAUAGCUGGCGCCAGUCAUCUACAGUCAUGGACUACGGCAAGUCUUCCGGCAGCUGUCUCUGCAGCUACCAUUGCUUGGUCGCUCACACUUUUAGCCAUGGGAUUUGGGUGCAAGGAAAUUGAACUUGGAAUGAGAAAUGCUCGUCUGAGAACAAUAGAGGCAUUUCUAAUAAUACUUUCGGCAACUCAGCUUCUCUAUAUUGCUGCCAUAUAUGGAGUCAGGAAAUAAACUGAAGAAACUAAUUAAGCGACACUGUUCUAUUUUCUAUUUGUUCUGUAAUUUUUUCUUCUUUUACCAAUUUGUUUAUAUACAAUAUGUGUGGUUUGGAUUGUCUGAUUGAACAUUUGUACUAUACAUUUCUCUUAUUUUUAUGUAUAUAU